AUGCCUGCCAUCACCAUGGAGGAAGUAGACCGACAACUGUUCAAAGCAAAAUCAUGGGAGGCACCUGGAGAAGAUGGCCUACCGGCGAUAGUUUCGAAGAUGACCUGGCCCGCGGUCAAACACAGGGUUCUUGACCUGUUCCAGGCGUCGUUGGAAGAGGGCACACUACCAAGUCAGUGGAGACAUGCAAAAAUCAUACCACUCAAGAAGCCAAAUAAAGAGGACUACACCAUUGCGAAAGCUUGGCGGCUAAUUUCACUUCUCGCGACACUGGGCAAGGUCCUACAAUCAGUGGUGGCAGAAAGGAUCUCACACGCAGUGGAGACAUACGGCCUGCUCCCAACCAGUCACUUUGGAGCCCGUAAACAGUGA